GGAAGCUGACGCGCACCUUUAUGGCGUCAGCGCGUAAUCAGGAUGUCUUCGCCGUGUUUACGUUCGCGAUUUUUUCUUUAGUGAUAACCGCCAGAACUUUGGAGAGUCCAAACUUUAGCCAGCCAAUCAGAAAUAUUACCGUGCCGGUCGGCAGGGAAGCGGUCUUGGAAUGCGCGGUGCAGAAUUUAAAUCCUUAUAAGGUCGCGUGGCUCAGGGUAGAUACCCAGACGAUCCUGACAAUUCACAGUCAUGUCAUAACGAAAAAUCACCGCAUAGGUGUAACGCAUAGCGAGUUGAAGACGUGGUAUCUGCAUAUCAAAGACGUGAGACAUUCGGACAAGGGCUGGUACAUGUGUCAAAUCAACACCGAUCCAAUGAAGAGCCAAGUCGGCUAUUUGGACGUAGUGGAAAUUCCGGUUUCAGUUCCGCCAGAUAUCCUGGACUAUCCUACCAGCGCCGACAUGCUGGUCGACGAGAAUUUGAAUGCCACCCUCAGGUGCGUCGCGACAGGCUCACCCGAUCCCACCAUCACCUGGAAAAGAGAAGACGGACAGAUGAUAAGGCUGUCAAAUGGAACAGAAGUAUCUAGCACUCAAGGUGACACCUUAAACUUCACAAAAGUUAGAAGGGAACAAAUGGGUCCAUAUCUUUGCAUCGCUUCCAAUGGGAUACCACCAACUGUCAGCAAAAGGAUAUUUUUACAUGUUCAGUUUCCACCAUCGAUAUGGAUACAGUAUCAACUAAUCGGUGGUUAUGACGGCCAGAAAAUCACAUUGGAGUGCCACUCGCAGGCGUUUCCGAAGUCGAUCAACUACUGGACCAAAGAUUCGGGUGAAAUUAUCCCCCACAGUGGAAAAUAUGUUCCGGAGAUCAUCGGAGACAACUACAAAGUGCACAUGAAGCUCACCAUAAAUUAUCUGGGACCGGACGACUACGGAAUUUACAAGUGCGUUUCGAAGAAUUCCCUGGGAGACAUGGAAGGCUCGGUUAACGUAUACAAAAUUCCUCAUCCAAACAUUGUAAUACCAGUGAGGAACAAAAGCGCAACGCACGAGAAAGCAACCGAUUUGACGUAUUCGAUUCGGAAUGCCGGUCCCGGCAAGGACGAAUCGUCAGAGUUGCAUUCAAAGGAACUUGAAUACCACAGCAGUGGCCGUCGUUUCCGCACCAUUUGGCAUCGGGACAUCGCCACGGGAACUCUAGGGCUAAGCUUAUUUGUACAUUUAUCGUUUACGCUGUAAAUUGUUUAAAUUAUAUAUCUGUAUAUGACUUAUAAAGUUUUCUGUGUAAUA